AUGAAGACUAAUGAAGGCAGUAAAUGUGCCAAAUUUUUGUCUUUAGGAAUUGAGUCAAGUGCAAACAAGAUUGGAGUUGGAAUAGUAAGUUCAAGUGGACAAAUAUUGGCAAAUGAGAAAAUGACUUAUGUUGGUCCACCUGGAUCUGGGUUUUUACCAAAGGAAACUGCUUCAUUUCACCGUUCUCAUAUUAUUGAAUUAGUUAAGAAGGCACUCAAAUCGGCAAAUGUUGAACACUCAAGUAUCAGUAUUAUAUCUUAUACACAGGGACCAGGAAUGGGUGCUCCAUUAUCUGUAGGAGCGGUAGUAGCUCGUGUUUUAAGCCAGUUAUGGGGUAUACCACUUGUUGGAGUCAACCACUGUGUUGCCCAUAUUGAAAUGGGACGACUAGUAACUAAAGUAGAUAAUCCAGUCGUCUUAUAUGCAUCUGGUGGAAAUACACAAAUAAUUGGAUAUAGUAAUCACCAAUACAAAAUAAUUGGGGAAACUCUCGAUAUUGCUAUUGGGAAUUGUAUUGACAGAUUUGCUAGAUUGAUGAAACUUGAUAAUUAUCCUGCUGCUGGUUAUCAUGUUGAAAAAUUAGCUAAGAAGGGGAAACAUUUUUAUCAGUUACCUUAUGUUUUGAAGGGCAUGGAUUUGUCAUUUUCUGGGAUUUUAACUUUUGGCGAAGAGCUCAUUAUCAGUAAACAACAGGAACUUCAGGAAAAACAAGAAGAAUUAGAAAUAUUUUAUCAAGAUUUUUGUUUCUCAUUACAAGAAACAAUUUUUGCAAUGUUAGUUGAAGUUACUGAGAGAGCUAUCAGUUUGCUAAGUUCAGACUCGAUCCUACUAGUAGGUGGAGUAGGUUGUAACCAAAGACUAAUUGAAAUGAUGGAAUUGAUGGCAUCUGAAAGAAAUGCGCAUGUAUGCAGUAUGGAUGAUAUGUACUGUAUUGAUAAUGGUGCUAUGAUUGCUCAUACUGGUCUGUUAGUUUACAAAUGUGGAAUUCGGACUAGAUUAGAAGAUUCAGGAGUUUCACAAAAAUUUAGAACUGAUCAAGUAGAUAUUCUAUGGAGAGAAUAA